CGUUCGACAAGCCAUCAUGAAGGUCUUCGCUGUUCUGCUUCUGGCCGUUGCCACCGCCUCCGCUGGAGUCCUGCCCAAGGCUCCUGUCCACCCCCGUGACAGGACUGCCUCGAUCCAGGGUCGCAUUACCAACGGAAAGGAAGCCGUCGCCGAGCAGUUCCCCUACCAGGUGGGACUUAGCUUCUCCAGCUCCCAGGGCGGCUGGUGGUGCGGUGGCUCUAUUAUUGCCGCCAACUGGGUGGUGACCGCUGCUCACUGCACCGAUGGUGCCACCUCUGUGACUGCCUCCUACGGAGCUACCGUGCGCACCAACCCCAAGUUCACCCAGACCAUCUCCAGCUCGGACUUCAUCCAGCACGAGAGCUACCUGUCUCUGACCGUCCGCAACGACAUCUCCCUGAUCAAGACCCCCACCAUCUCCUUCUCUGCCGCCGUCAACAAGAUCGCCCUGCCCGCCAUCGCCAGCAGCUACUCCACCUAUGUUGGCCAGACUGCUGUGGCCUCCGGAUGGGGCUUGGUUUCCGAUUCCGCUACUUCCGUUGCCCCGAACCUGCAGUACGUUGACCUCACCGUCAUCUCCAACACCGUCUGCCAGCAGACCUUCGGCUCUCUGAUUGUUACCAGCCGUGUCAUCUGCGUGGCCACUCCCAAUGCCCAGUCCACCUGCCAGGGUGACUCCGGCGGCCCCCUGGCCUUGGACAGCACUCUCAUCGGCAUCACCUCCUUCGGAUCCGCUGACGGCUGUGAGUCUGGAGCCCCAGCUGCCUUCACCCGUGUUACCUACUACUUGGACUGGAUCAAGGAGAACUCCGGUGUCUCUGCUUAAGUUCCUAAAACUAUGAACAUUUCAAAGCAUAUUAAAGUUUGAAUCGCAAAAA